AUGAGUAAGCUCACCAACUUCCUAGAAGAGGGCUCGAUCAAACCGAAUCGUGUAGAGAUACUGCCGAACGGGUUAGGAGGAAUCGCCAAUGGCCUCGAAAGGCUGGGCAAGGGAGUGAGCAACGUGAAGCUUGUUGCGCUCCCACAGGAGACUGCUUGA